AUGGUUGAUACUAAAAAGUGUCAGUGGAAUGGAUGUAACAAGGAUGUGGAUGUAAAAAGGAUUACGGAGCACUUCAACAACCACCUGUCAUCAGAUAACCUGUCCAAUGGUGGUUUGGUGUGUAAAUGGACUGGUUGCAAGUAUACCAAGAAGUUUACGACUCAAAACAACCUGAAUACUCAUUUCAGAAACCACUUUGCCAAUAAACCGUGGGAAUGUAAGACGUGUCACAACCUGUUUAGCAAGGAAGAUGCGUUGAAGAAGCACGAGGAGAAGCACGAAGCAGAAAAUACUCGAAUUCUGAAGGAAGCAGACAAGCUGUUCCAUUUGAGCGAAAUGCGAGAUGAAAUGCUUGAGAAGACAGAGGAGCUGCUGUAUGAACGUGCCUAUUACGUCAAUUUGAAUAGAAUCCUGAAAGAUGAGUUCUAUAGAGACAAAUCCAAUGAUGAUUCCUGGAGAGAUUACCUGUAA